AUGGCAUUGUUACUACCUCCGACAGCACUGAGGUCGGUGUUGACACCGUCGCCUGUCAACGUGCCGACACAUCGGCAACACUUGUAUCAGGCAGCGACGAUCAAGCCCCCGCUCGUAUCAUCUGAAGCCGCUUGCCCUACUCAACCCCUAGUUCAGCAUCCUUUCCAGGCUCCGACAGCGUCAUACACGCAAAGACACGGGAUUCUUGAAGCCGAAUCAGCACCGAUAGAUCCGUCAACCUUGCCUCGACAAAGCACCAAUCUCGAUGUCAGCUGGAGUGCUACGCGGCAGCCAAUCCUUCCGGACUGUGUUCUGCCGCAUUACGGUACACCGCAAACCGACUGCGAUCCUGUCAAAGUCCCUUUGACCGUCGAGGGCAGUCCGAACGCUCCGAACGAUCCGAACUUGCAAGCUACAAUGCAAACCUCUAUACCGCUGCAACAAGACAUGCUUUCCAAUAGCACAGGCCUUCCGUUCUCCACAUCUCCUCUGCAGCAAGCGAGCAUAUAUACGGCCGAGGCCUCUCCCAAUUUUGUAGAUCGCUCGAGCUUUUGGCCACCAACGAUGCUUCCAUCAGGGGAUCAGGCCCACGCAAGCGAGAUCAAUUCACUCGGUCUUCUUUUACCGAGCAUGCAGCAAACUUGUGCUCAGGAUGCAGACGGCUUGGCAGCAAUGUCAAAGUCGCUAGACGACAUGCUGGCGACUACGAGCGCAUUCCCACCUUCUUGCGCCUCGUUCCCACACAUCAUCGGGUCUGCGGCCAAUCAGCAAGUCAUCGACUACAAGCGCUCAUUGACUGAGGCGCACAGUGGUCGACUGGGAGGACUACUGGGCCUACCGCAUCCUCUCCCGGAAGCUGUCGAUCUUGAAGCAACGAAUGUACAACAGACCGUAGACGUCAAGGUGCAAGCGCAAACAUCCACGUCCACCGCCUUGAAGUUUGCCUGUUCGAAAGAAGUCGAGGUGAAGCGAAUACUGGCCUCUCCACGUGCCGCAAGCUCAGCAGCAAUCUUCAUAUUGAAUCACAUAGACGGCAUUGUUUGGUCGGGCAGUGUCGCCGACUUCCUCCAACAGAGUGAGAUCGUUUCGCACACCUACUCGGAGCCUCAGACCACUUUAUCCAACUUCCUUGCCGACGAGCAAACAGUACGUUGGUGGCAGCAAGCCUGUCGCGAAGUGCUGAUAGCUCGACGUCAACUGCACGAGCUCUCAGAGCAGUCCGCCGAUCGCACCACAGCUAUGAAGCUCAGAAAGCUUUGCAAGAAGGAGCUUGUGCUAAGGCGGAGGAACAAGUCCGGCCGCACUGAUUUGGUUGAAGUCACUGUGGCAUCAAUAUCACAUCUCAAACAAUUGGAAAAAGCCUCCGUGAUCGUCAAGGUCAGGCCAAUGUCAAUACCUGCUUUGGCGACUGUCUCGUCCCAGCCCGUGCUGCCGAGCUUGCGCGCACGACAAGAUGUGUUCUCGUCGCAGCCGGCUCUGUCUCAGACAAUGAAUCGAAGAAUGGCAGCAGAUACUGCCGAGCUGCGAUUGCUAGUUUCAAGGUACGGUCUAAUCCUUCGAAUUACUUGCCCGAUACAGCCACAGUUCAACAACGAGCGAACGUCUCCUCAUCAACAUUCUCACAAAGAGCAGAUCACUAAAAUUCUCGGGCCAGCCUCAAGCAUUCCCUCGCUAGGACAGAACCUAGUAGACUUCCCCAGACUCACACCGCUCCUCCACGUUGUCGCGCAAGCCGCAGUUGUAGGCCUCGCUCAAACAGUCAAUCUCAAAAUGGAAGGGAAACAAGUGACAGCUGCAGUGCAGCCCGUACUGCGCACUACAUCUUCAAACGUCGCCGAAGCUGGUCGUCAUCGAUUGACCGCUGCGAAGGUAUGGAUCAGCCUGUCCGUGCCAAUGGAGGCGACGGGACGCUCGAAUUCGAGCACUGUGGUACCCACAGUUGGCUUCGCAAACAGCCUCUCGCAGUUCAUAGGUCUGUCUUCACCACAACAAACUCACUCAAAUCGACCAGUGACUUUGGAUCGUCGGCGCAGUGUUCAAGUCCCACCACAUCCGACGAUGUUGCAGGCCGACCGCAGAGCUUCCACUGCGUCACUACACACGCAUACUGCUGUGAACCAGGCAUGGAGGACAGGUCAGCCUAUCUCAGCCUUCGAUAGCAGGGGCAUGGCAAAUGAGUCCAAAUUUUCGAUUAGUUCGGGAGAUGAUGGUGAAACGGUGAAAGUGGAGGAUCAUCUCACUCAACUCAUGGCCGGCCUAGAGAUAGAGAAUCGUAGACUGCGACAGAAAGUCCAUGCGCGACUACAAAGGAGGCAAAAACAGGCCCUUGCAACAUCUUGUAAUGCAACAACAUCGCAAGCCACAGACAACUUUGGCGUUGUGAACAUUCCUUCCAGUUGUCCAAGCAACCUCAUGCAUCUGUCUUGA